AUGUUCGUGACAGCAAAUCGUCAACCAAUUGAUUGUCUUUUUAUUGAAAGUCUUCGUUCAAAUGGAUGGCAAAUUUUUAAAACAACAGCAAAUGUUGCUGAAAUUAAUUAUCAACAACAGAAGCCAUUAUUAGUUUUGGUGGAUAUUCGCCUACCUGAUAUUGCAACCUUUACCAAAACAAUGCAUUGCCUUUCAACAUCUGACGAAGUAUUUUUUGCCGCAUUAUCAGACAG